GCUUGACAUCAGCUGAGCUCCUGCAGCGCUGCAGUGAGCGCACGGGUGCCAGCGGCUCGGGGAUCGGAGCUGCUCGGGGCUGCUCGGUGUGCCUCUCUGCUCGGGUUUGGACAUCAUUUUUGAAAAAUUAAAAAAAAAAAAAAGAAACCCUGAUCGGAUGGAGACAGGGUUUAUUUUUCAACAAGCUGCAAGAAUGUGACUCUUUUAUGUGUCCGUUGUUUAUUUUUUUUAACCCUUUGCAUUGGCGCUGAUCGACGAUUUGAUCGGGGUUUUUUUUAUUCAUUAUUUUUGUUCAUCAUCUGCACCUUCAGUGCGGAAUACACCUGGACUGGUCUCUGGGGGGACAGUCAGGGGUUAGGAGGAGAUUCUUUUUUAUUUUUAUUUAUUUAUUUUUUUUUUUUACCGGGAGUGGGCAAUAAUAUGUCCAGGCGAAAACAGACCAACCCCUUCAAAGUUGACUGGCCAUUCCACACUUCAGGCAUCACAGGACUUCAGCACACUAUUAACAUGGAUGGCAGGGACGAAUUCACCGAGGACAGUGAAUGCUGCAGCAACAACUCCCAGGAGGUCCUUGGACAGGAUAGCAUCUCAGACAGCGAUAGUGACCCUGACAACCACGGUGAAGACUCAUCCUCCAACACCUCAGCCGACGACCACAUGACCACCAAGAGAACGCAGUGCCGCCUACAAGGAGCGGGAGUCAAAGAGGAGAGCGAGGAAGGGUCAGACCACAGCAACAACUUUGUAUGUCCUCUCUGCACGCUGGAUUUCAGCAGCCCUGAGAAGCUCAUCUCCCAUGUCUACCAGCACACGACUAUGAUGAGCAACACCAAGAGCUAUGUGUGCCCAGUGUGUGGGCGAGCCCUGAGUUCGCCUGGCUCGCUUGGACGGCAUCUUCUCAUCCACUCCGAGGACCGCCUCUCCAACUGCGCUGUCUGUGGCGCACACUUCACAGACACCAACAACUUUAACAGGGAGAAGCUUAAAGAUGUUCUCGACACAACCAGGAUGGAUGUCACCGGUGACAGGGACUCGUGCUCCAUGUCCCAGUCGCUCUCCAGCAGCCCCAUGUCCAGCCCAGGCCCAGGUACUCACUCCUGUCACGGACCGGGCCCUAGCCCCAGUUCAUGUCAGGGCCCUCAGUCAUGUCAAGCACCUGACCCCAACACCAACCUAUGUCAAGCUCAUCGUACCUGCCAAGGACCAGGCCACAUCUCCAGCCAGUGUCAAGGCCCCAGACCAUGUCAUGGCCCAGGACCAUGCACGGGUUCCGACCAAGGGCCCUCCUUCCCCUCACUGCCCGACAGUCUCCUCUCUGAAGGGCCAUCGCUCGCCUCUAUCCCUGAUGCUCUUAACUCCUCUUCCUCUGGCCUUCCUCCUAUCCCAGACAUCCUCAGCCCUAUGCCCGUGUAUCCUGCCGGGGUGCUGCUGGUGUGCAACAGCUGCGUGGCCUAUCAGCAGUUGGUGGAGGCCCAGUCGCCGAUGCGAAAAUGGGCUCUGCGCAGGAAGAACGAACCCUUGGAGGCCCGCAUGCAGCGCCUGGAGCGCGAGCGCACGGCGAAGAAGAAUAAACGCGCGUGUGAGACGGAAGAGGAGAGGGAGAUGAGGAGGCUGCGGGACCGCGAGGCCAAGCGCAUGCAGAGGAUGCAGGAAUCAGAGGAGCAGAGGGCACGCAGGCUGCAGAGGGACAGGGAGGCCAUGCGUUUGAAGAGGGCAAACGAGACGCCCGAGAAGAGGCAGGCCAGGCUGAUCCGCGAGAGGGAGGCCAAGAGGAUCAAGCGACGACUGGAGAAGAUCGACCCUGCUCUGAGGACGCAGAUAGAGCAUGACCCUGCCGCUAUGGCCGCCCUCACAGCAGACAUGAGUCUCUUUCAGUUCCCCUGUCCCAUGCCUGUCCCUUCCAUUGAUAAUGGUCUGUUCAUGAAGCUGCCAUAAGCAGACCUGGUCGCUGGGGAGGAAACCAACUGGCUUCUAGCAGCAUUGUUAAGCUCCGUACUCCACCAUCAGGCUAUCAUGGUCGCCGUGAAGCAUUCCUAGCUGGUUUACUCUCAGCUCCCAGUGUUGGAACAGCUUCACACACAAACUGCGUUGUUAAAUACAACAAAAACUACUUCAAUUCCUAAUUUAUUACAGUCUAGAAAACCUUAAGAACAGGGUUGAGUAUGUUUCAUAUUGUAUGGAUGAUGACAUAAAAGCAUGUUGUAAAGAGAUUUAUCUGUUCGUCAAUGGGCUAGCAGAUGUAACACAGUUCAUUCAAGUAAGAGCAGUUAUACUUCCUUUGUGGAGAAAAAUCUUUUGCACAUGGACCUUCAGUGAUGGGAGUGGGGACUUUGUAGCCACAGCCCCCUCCUUACUGGUCCACUCCGCCAGCCCAGUGACUCGGGUUUACCGGUAGCUACACCUCUCUUCAAGCUGCCACCGUGAGUCCCUGGGAAGUUCACAUUCAGUCAAACUACUACCUCAGCCGGCGCCGUGGUGGCGCCCUCUGUCCUGUGGCUUACUGCGUUCCAACUCCAAGCUUCCAAAGCUCUAUAUGUACUGUACACUACUACAGAGGAUGCGGGUUGUUUUCCACUAUUUGUGUUUGCAUUUAUCACUCAGGCACUUUUAAUAGGACAAAAACAUUCACAGGAGCAGCUGAUUUACAAACACACCAGUAACCACAUGUAUUCGCCAGGUUUGAUACUCUGAAUGUUUUGUCCUAUUGAACACGCCCAGUGUUGAGCAACAUUCCCCCCUCAUCUCGUGAGGUGUACAACUCAAUGCGUACGCCUCUUACAUUCUCUUUGCCAAUCUCUUUUCCUUUCCGUACAUCGUUACACUCCAAAUAUUCUGCCAAUGUUUUGUAUUUUCUGUUACAGAGCUUUUCUUUAGCUCAUAAAAACUCAGUCUGUGCUGCUGUUACUGUACUGUACAAUACAUUAGUUACCUCUUAUAUAUUUUGGGCUCAUCACAUCAAGGAAUAUUGUAUUAAAAAUGUUCCGUUUAGUGGUCACAAUGAAACAGUUCCUAAUACGUUACUUGUUAAGAACAGAAUUUGUUACAUUACUUGAACUAUACCCGCAAAGAUGCAUUAGUUUGCUUCAUUAUGAGUACAUUACAACAUGAAAGUGGGGUUUUAUUAUAGAGGAUCAUACACAGAUAACGCGUCCCUUUGCUUUGUGCAAUCUGUGUAGCAUUCACGUGCUUUGUAAGGCUGCAGUACUUUUGAAAUCUAUCAUUUGAACCACUUAAUUUAUUUCCUGCAUCAGCAGAAUUGAUGAAACAUAUUUAAUAGUGAUUCAUAUAGUACGACAAGGGGAACUGGUUUUUGUUUUCCCAUCCGUUACUGAGCACUGGGGCCUAAUUCCAUGACACAUUCAACUCAUACUGGGAGAGAGAUUUUGUUAAUCUAUAUUCAUUAACCUCAUUCCAGCACAUAUUUAUGCAAUAUGAUGUGAAUAUAUUUUUCUCGUGGAAAUGUUUUGAUUAUUUUGUUACCGUCAGUGGUAUAAAAUGUUUAAAUUAGAGGCCAUGUCUGGGAUGGACCUCCACCCCCCCCCCCUCCUCCCCUUCCUUAGUUAAACUUUCUGCCUGUAAAGUUACCUCCAAUUUUUCUUGACUUCACGUCUCCAGAUGCAAACAUUUACAUUGUCAAAUGACCAGUUUCUGAAAUAUUCCUCAAUGAUUAUCAGAGACACAAACAAGUACUGGUUCUGUUUGAGUCACUCCUAGACCAGAGUCAAUCUACCUGACUGUUUGCUAAAGCAGCAAAUUUUAACAGAAAGUUUUUUUUCAUCCUCAGCGGCUUUUCUAGGAGUGCAUCAAACUUCUAUGCAACUGAUGUUUUAUUUAUUCCGAGGGAAAUUAGUUCACUUUUCACUGAAACUAUGCAGAAUGCGACUUUUAAUUUAAACAGACUUCAAUGUAAAGAGUUUAGCUUCUCAGGCAAUUUAACUCAGUGAGAGAGGCCUCAGAGCCUAGAUACAACACCCUGGUCCAUAAGACUCAUUUAUAGAUCUAUCAUACGGAUGUGAUAGCAACAGUUUUUAGUGUGACUUUUCUAGAGACGUGUUGUCCUCAAAGAUUUGUUUUCUCUUCCUAGUUCAGCACAUGAAAGCUACAGGGUCUCACUGCCAUCCUAUUCAUGACAUACUGUACCAAGGGCAGAUCAGUGUUCUCGACAAAGGCUUCAGGUGUCAUUUAUUUCUCUCUUCUCUCAGACUAUGAAUACUGGGUAUUCUCAGAGGUUGCUCUUUGAAAUUGCUGUGAUUCCCCCCUUUGCCCUACAGUGGAAUAACGCGACAGAAACUGCGGUGUCCGUGGUCUUGACAUACUAUUUCAAAGAAAGUACUAUGAACUCUGAAGUUUUAUGUUGGUCUUUAUGAGCAGUACUUUCAGUAUGGAUUAGGUAAGCACUGCAUGUCGUGAAACUGCACUUGUCCUAGAAUGGUUCAAUAUGAGCUUGUGUUCUACUGUUAGUUUUAUGCCUGCCUGUUUUUUACAGUUUAAUCAAAAAGAAACGUGUCGUUUAAAAAAAAAAAAAAAAAACGUUGGCCUUUUCAUUAAUUCUAUCAGGAUUUUCCUCUCAAUGUCCAUGUUUACAAAAGAAAAUCUCUCUGAACAAGGCCAAAUGAAUGAGCUAAACUGCUAAUGAGAACAUUCACGCUAGCUGCGAUAUCAAUGCAUUCUGACUGGAUGGCACUUUGGGGCCGCCAUCCUCUGUUACUGGAUUAACAGAUGUACAGAUCAUGAUGAAACCUGGUAAAGAAUGUGGAAAUAAACAUUGACUUUACUAUAAUGGUAA